ACCUGUAGCUGCUCCCUUACUGCUAACGUUCAUUUUGUUCAAGGGAAAUUCUUUAUCUUUCUUUUUUCAUGUGCCAGGAUAUGUUUACUUCACCUUUGACUUUUUUGUGUUGCAGUCAGUUUCUUGUGUCUAUACUAAUGUUCCUUCAACUAUUUGGAGUUUUUAGCCUCUCUCGAGAAGAGUGGCCACAAAAUAAAUACAGCUAAGCGUACUUACAGUCUGUAGCUUCACAGAGUGAUUAUCAGUGAUCUACAGCCAUACUAGAUGCUGAAAUUAUUGGGCAAUUUGUUUACGAGUUUCCAAGUAGAAGGUGUCAGAGACCUCUGAAAAGUGCCGAGCUAAUGCGAUAUGAUAAAUGAUGCAAACUGGCUGGCCGGACAGUCAGAGAGAGGGAGCACAGCGGCCGUCUGUCCUGUUGGAGGAAUGUUACGCACGGCGGGGACUGCGGUGUUCCUCCAGGGCCUGUGAGAAACAGGGCAGGGUGUGUUCCAGUCCGCCUGUCAGGGCUGAUAAAGCACGAAUCUGAGAGCUGGGGCUGUCCUGCAGCGGGCCCAGAGGGGUUAUCUGCACCCCGCAUGAAACCAAGAUGGCCGACGCAGGCCCUGCGUACGCGACCUGAGCUUGACGUCACGCAGGAGGGCUUCUGAUAAAGGGGUGCACGCGUGCACUGGGAGUGACUGCCUCCCUUCUGCUGUGUGGGUUUCUGGUCAGGGCUGGUGAGCGGGCAGAGUGAGGGUGUGAGCGAGCGAGAGAGCGAGAGUGAGGGAGGAUGACGGACCAAGAGGCCACCCACGACGGGGAGCCGCCUCCCCCGUACAUGAUCUUCCUCCUGGUGUUCCUCUUCUUCCUCACCGGCCUCCUGGGCUUCCUGGUCUGCCACAUGCUGAAGAAAAAGGGCUACCGCUGCCGCACCGGAGACCCGGACGACGAGGAGGACUGCAAGGACAAGCUGGCGCCAGAUGAUGGACUGGAGGAAAACCAGGACACAGUGGAGCAGAUACUGAAGUGUAUCAUUGAGAAUGAAGCAAACAUGGAGGCCUUCAAGGAGAUGCUGGGGAACCAGAACGCAUGUGAACAUAAUGCUGCAAGACUGCCUCGCAAGGAGAGCCUGGGGGGCUUACCGCCGCACCACCACACGGUCCACUCUGGCGCCGACCGCAACUCCUGCCACCUCUGCGCCCAGAACCGCUCCAAGAAGGCUCGGCGCCGGAACCGAAUGGCCCGGAGCAAGGUCCGACCCGGAGAGCAGACCGUCUUCUCCGUGGGCAGGUUCCGUGUUACCCACAUGGAGAAGAAGAACAGCCUCCAGGGCUCGCCCAACCUGCCGGUCAUCGAGACGACCGAGCAGUCGGACCACUGCGAGGCUCCGGACGACAGCGGCGACCCGGGACGGCAGCAGGAGGGCUACAACCUGCGCAACAUGUUCAAGCAGGUCAACCCCACCAACGGCGCCGUCACCGCGGAGACCAAGCGCAAGAAGAGCGUCACGCUGCUGGUGCCCUGGAAGAGCGGCGAGGCGGCGCUGACCAAGAAGCCCCAGGAGCCGGCGGGCGUGAUGGACGUCGUUGUCGACCACAACGACAACGACCAUGACAACGGCGAUGACGACGACGACGAGGACGGAGACCCCCCCGAGUCCUCCGAGCAGCCCGAGAGCUCCUUCCCGCCCCCGGAGGAGGGCACCGACACCGACGUCCCCACCGACUCGGAGAUGGCGGGGGACAAGGCCCCGGGGGACAAGGCCCCGGGGGACAGGGCCCCGGGGGGAGGGGGCCUGGGGGCCGCGCAGGCCACGGAGGAAGAGGAGGACGUGGCGGGGCCCCCAAAGCAGCCGCCCCCGGCGCGGAUACGCGAAUUCUCGGUGGUGCCGAUAGGGGAGCCGGCGGUGUCGGGGGAGUUCGGGAGGGACGACAUGGUGGAGAUGGAGGACAUUAAGGACUGCAGGGUGAGCCAGGAGGAGGACAGCCGGCCCUCGCGGGAGGAGAAGAGGAGGUCUGUUCACUCCCAGCACAAGUGGUGAGAGAGCCGGGGCGAGCCAGCGAGGUGGAGCCCAGUCCCACAAUGCAGUGGGGUGGGGCAGCAAUACGACUGGACCGGAGCCACGCCAGAAACCUGCCUGGCAUGGCCCAUGACCCGCCGCUAGCUUUGAGCGCGGAGGUUCCCUCCCGCCAAGCCGCGAUUGAACUCGCAUCACCCAGCGGCCCAGGGUUCAGCAGCCGGAGUUUUAACUCUACGUAUCCAACCGACGCUCGCGGAAGCCGGCCAACACAAAUAUACAGCGUAUACUAUCAUAAUCGACUUUGCUCGCCCCUGCUGAAAACGCGGAGAAAGGCGGUUCUUAAAAACACUACUCGCCUGUCUGCGUUGGACACUGAAAGAGCGAGAGCCGGCCCUGGAUGAGAGUCCACCGUGUAUUCUGCUCUGCUUGACCAGUUUCCAAAACUGAAGUGAGGAAUUGUAGCCACAGGCCUCCUUGGAGGAGCUCCCGGCUCCUGUCUUUCUGUCCAUCUGUCUAAUGUCCCCUUCCCCUCCUCCCUCCACCCCUCCCUCGUGGAGGUGCUCGUGCUGUCUGUUUGAGGAAAAGCAAGGCAAUAACCUGUGGGAGGAAAGGCUUUUAAAAUGUGCAGGAAAAGUUACAUUUGAUUUAACUCAAGUGAAUCAAGUGAAGUAAUAAGAACACAUAUUUGCCAUAUAAGGUCUUAUAUCAGGGGUCUGCAACUGUGGCCCUGGAAUUACAGCUAGUUAUUUAUGUACCUGACGCUGUUAUCUAACUUAUACACUUUAUUCGACUAAGCAGGGGCCAAUCCCCCCCCCCCCCCCCCCCGGAGCAAUGUGGUGUUCAGGGCCUUCCUCAAGGGCCCAACAGCUGCACUGAUCUUAUUGUGGGUACACUGCUGCUUGAACCACCAACCUUCCAGGUCCCAGUCAAGCACCUUGGCCACUAUAAUACUUGGUUGUCACGCUGCACUUAAUCAAUUAGAGCAAUUCAUGACUCACUUCACCUGGCUACUUGGGUCAGAACCGGGGUGCUGAUUUUAAGGUGAAAACCAAAAACCCACCGAGCUUGUGGCUCUCCAGGACCAGGGUUGCAGAAAUCUGUCUUAUAUCUUCAUUAAUUAGAGAGACAAGAAUACAUUUUUUACUUUAUGUUUAAUUGUGCAUUAAAGAACAUGCCAGUUCAGGCACACUCACCAUGUUACAGCACUGGGGCCCAUCACAGAAACUAAAGCCUCCAGCCAUCUCAUUACAUUACAUGCAUUUCCUACCCCCUAUAAAACAUCCACCUCCCCCUGUAUUACAGCUGAAGAGAAUCAGGUCCUGCUGUAACUCCAUCUCUUAAAAUGGCGUAACCAACAGGUCCAGAAAUAACUAUUUAAAUAUGAAUUAUUCAAUUGGUUAAACUCACAGAAAUAAAAACAAUAUUAGUAUAACACUAGAGGAUCUCAAAAGCAAGAUAAAUCUAUAAGCAUUGGCCUGCUUAUGCCCCCUGUCUGGAGCAAGGAUUCCUACAGUAUAUGAAGAAUGCCACUUUAAUGUCUCACACAUGCUCUCUCUCUCUCUCUCUCUCUCUCUCUCUCACACACACACACACACACACACACACACACACACACACACACUAUCUCACACUCUCUCAGAUACUCUCACACACACCCAUCUAUAUCCGUACAUAUUGUCUGUCUCCCCCUGCUGCUCAAAGUGUGUACUACACCAAAACUGCUUCUUCUUACCCUUCGUAAGGGUGAUUUGAGACUUUUUUUCCCCUUAAACUGAAUAUGCACUAGUCUGAUUGGUGUACACCUGUCACUUGAGAUACACACAGCAAAGAGAUGCAAAGGUGUAACUACACUAGCCCAUAGAACAAUUUCCUCAUUACAUUACAUUACAGACAUUUUGGCUGUGGAACGCUCUUAUCUCCACACUCAUGAAAUACUGAAUACCAUUUUGCUGGUUUUCUUUCCUUUAGUAGAUCACCUUCUGUACAUACCAUCAGUUUUCAUUUAACAUUGAAUCUUCUAAAUAUGCACAUUGGGAAAAUGGGUUUAUAAUUGUAUUCCAUGAAAAACUGUCCUGUUGAACUGAAAUUCAACACUUUGUUGUUUGAUUUUUAUUAUGAUUAUUAUAUGGUUUUGUGUUUGCUAUGCGACUUCUUUCAUAAAUACAUACAGUAAUUUGUCAAUUUCAGGGGUGAAAAUACAAACUGUGAUCCAUAGCUGAAUGUAUAUGUUUAAUUAUAUUGGUGACUGGGGUGGUCUACACCCACUCGAGUAAAGGACUAAAAAUAAAUUAUUAUAAUGAAUAGUAUUACACAGUAUAUUAUAACACAUAAAGAGAAUAUCAUCAGAGUCUCUAAAAUGGAAAAUAUCGUUUAUUUUUGGAAAGAGUUUAUUCAGAGUUCAUGGCUUUAGUGGUGUGAUAAGGUACAAACUGACACUUUGCUCGGCCACUAACUCUUCACCAGCAGCGACAGUAGAGAGGUGCAGAAAAGGUCAGGUCUCCUCUUCGACGCACAUCCACACACGACUACAGAGCAGUGUUCCCCAAGGACAGAGGGCGUAACACAGAAGAAGUACCAAACAAGAUAAGCACACCAAUCAUAGAGAUACGGCACUUUCCUGCUGCGGUCGGGUGAGUUUUCUCUCGCAGAAUCACUCGAACGAGACUUCGCUCUCUCCUCCCGCAGCAGUUAGCAGCAGUUAACCGCGAUGACAAUACAGUUCUCGAUCACCGUUAAAUCCAUCACUUCCUGUUUCUGUUGAUUGCAAGUAAUAUAUAUAAAUGUGUUCGUCUAGUGGCCUUAACAAAACAUAUACUGCAUGUGACAACAUUGACGGAAUCAAGCUGGAAUCGUUUCUAGAGAAUCAAAAAUAACAACAAAAAAAGGCAUAUGUAUGUACAAUUAUAUAUAGUAUCCAUAUACCUAGGUAAUAAAUCAUGGUAGUCUCUAACUUGGAAAUACAGCUGUGCAAUGAUUUUGUUCUUGUAUGACUUUAAAAGGAAACAAAAAUUAAUUAAAGCUAUGCAUUUUUACCAGG